UACUACCUAAACACCCUGGAAAUGCCCUGGAACCAUGUCCGAGCUCAAACUCGAAACUCGACAGAAGCUCCUGUCACGAAGCUGUCAUGAUGACGCCAACGAAGGAAGCUAGACAGCUCAAUUCCCUCAUUUUCUCUCUUUUUAAAUUCAUCCAAGGUCAAUUGUGCUGGUUCACAAAUAUCAAGCUUCAUCAAUUGAUUUGUUGCUGCUUACUACUUUCACUGUUGAGCCAAUUGCUUGAAAUCUACGGAUCCAACAAACGAUCACAGCAUAUUGAGUAUCAACAAACCAACAAAUCAAAAUGGCAAAGCCUUGGAUUCCCCGGAUGCAUCUAUGGGAGAUCGACGACCAGCCGUGGUUCCCUUCGUUCCUCCGCGCCUACGUCCAGACCGGUCUAACACACGCCUGGACCGUCCACAUCCCAAUCCUCCAGCCCAGCAGCCCCGCCACCAUCGUCGCCGACAUCCUACGACGCAUGCUCGGUGCCUCGGCCUCGCAACGUACAUACAUCGACUUCUGCGCCGGAGCCGGCGGCCCAACCCCCUCCAUCGAGCGAGCCCUGAACCAACGCCUAGCCUCCUCCCCCAGCACAACAAACGGAAACAAUGUACACCAAGUCCCAGCCACCGCCUCAUCAGGCGUCGUAAACAGCGAAAGCCAAGCCGCAUCCGAUACCACACCAAGCUACGCCGCCGUUGCAGAUCCCAAAGCGAAAUCCACAACCGUUCUUGAUACCACCGAAGAUGGGGACGGACAAGUACAAUUCGUCCUAACAGACCUGCACCCACACGUCGAGUCCUGGGCCGCAGCCAGCAAGCAAAGCGAGCACCUAACAUACGUCAACCACCCGGUCGACGCCGCCAACGCACCCGCAGACUUGUUACAGCAAUAUGCUAGGAAAGAGGGUAGCAAAAAGGGUAUAUUCCGACUGUUCAAUUUAGCCUUCCACCAUUUCGAUGAUAACCUCGCGCGUGCUAUCUUGAAGAAUACUGUUGAGACUAGUGAAGGAUUUGGCAUCUUCGAGCUCCAAGACCGAACCCCCACAGGCCUACUAACCUGCUUCAUAUUCGGUUUCUUCAUCUUCCUAAUCGCGCCGCUUCUCUACUGGUGGUCGCCCGUCCGUCUCUUCUUCGUGUACAUAAUCCCCGUCGUACCCUUUGUCCUUGUCUUCGACGGUCUUAUUUCGUGUCUACGUACCCGUACUGCGGAUGAAGUCGAAGCUCUUCUCCGCACUUGCGGUGCCCCCGAUGCCGAGAAUUGGGAAGUACACAGCGGAAAAGAGCAGUUCCUCUGGCCCUGUGGUUACUUGAACUGGAUCGUUUGCACUAAGAGGAGUGUGUAGGAUCGGGAUACGGCAUAGAAGCAAUAUAAGCUAGCUAUGUGGAGAUGUAGAUUCGAACAAUUGGAGGCAUAGAAAAAAUAUUGUAUAGUGAACG